GGUUCCUUCCCAGCAAGUUCACUUCUCAGGUUUCAGACUUCUGUCGGAGCAGCCGAGGCAUUUCCUCCUUUUGCGCUUACACCGUCUUCUAAAAUCUUCUGAAACAUAAAAAAUUGGAGGAGAAUCUGAGUCUACGCUCUUGGAUGAUGGGUUUACGGAUAUUACUGGCUGUUCUUCUCUUUGGUUUCGGCCUGGCGAGCGUUUUCGCCGUUUCGUCCACACCUGAGAACGUGUGUGAGUUGAAAAAUGGGACAAGCUGUGAGGAAUGUCUGAAAAAUGUGACGUGCUUGUGGUGCAUCACAACAAAGUCAUGUGUAACAUAUCCAGUGAGAACCAUCCUCCCACCCCACGCGCUCUGCCCUCUGAAUGAUGCACGAUGGGGACUCUGCUGGAUGAACUUCCAGAUCUUGAUAAUCACCUUGUCAGUGAUUGGUGGCAUUCUCAUCAUUGCAUUUUUGGUCUGUCUGUUCUGCUGCUGCAAGUGUGAGAACAUCGGGUAAGUGUUGAUAAAACCCUCUCAU